AAUAACUUACCCUCCCGCCCCUGGCUACUUCUAUAUGAGCUUGUUUGAGCCUGGGAGAGCGAUGAGGACCCGAGGUUGUUGCUGGCUGCGUGGAGGAGAGGCAGAGCUUAGUGGUCUUUGGUCAGAUGUAUUGCCAUCAGUAAACGUGGGUCCUUUCAAGAGCUUUAGGGAAGCUCACUAUCACGAUGGCCAAGUAUAAACUUGUCUUGUUAAGGCACGGAGAAGGAGCUUGGAAUAAGGAGAAUCGUUUUUGCAGCUGGGUGGAUCAGAAACUUAACAGCGAUGGAGUUCAGGAAGCUCGAAACUGCGGCAAGCAACUCAAAGCCCUCCACUUUGAGUUUGAUCUUGUCUUUACCUCUGUCCUUAAUCGGUCCAUCCAUACCGCUUGGCUGAUAUUGGAAGAGUUGGGUCAGGAAUGGGUCCCACUGGAGAGUUCUUGGCGACUAAAUGAAAGGCACUACGGGGCCCUCAUAGGCCUUAACAGAGAGAAAAUGGCACUAAAUCAUGGUGAAGAACAAGUGAGAAUCUGGAGAAGAAGCUAUAAUGUAACUCCACCUCCCAUUGAUGAAUCCCAUCCUUAUUAUCAUGAAAUCUACAAUGAUCGGAGAUACAAGGUUUGUGAUGUGCCUGUGGAUCAGCUGCCCCGCGCCGAAAGCCUAAAGGAAGUGUUGGACAGGCUGCUUCCCUAUUGGACUGAAAGGAUUGCCCCGGAACUGAGAAGUGGAAAAACUGUUCUCAUCUCGGCUCAUGGCAAUAGUAGUAGAGCCCUCCUGAAACAUCUGGAAGGUAUCUCGGAUGAUGAUAUUAUCAAUAUCACUCUCCCUACUGGUGUCCCCAUACUCCUGGAAUUGGACGAGAACCUCCGUGCUAUUGGCCCUCAUCAGUUCCUGGGUGACCAAGAAGCUAUCCAAGCAGCUAUCAAGAAGGUGGAUGAUCAAGGAAAAGUGAAGAAAGCCGGAAAAUAAAGUUCUUGUUCUAGGCUGUCUGCUGACUGUGUGUAGGAAUCAUGGCAAUGUUAUGUAGUAUGUUGUGGAUAUUAAUCUGUAUUCUUUUGGUGUAUAAAGUUGAAUGAAAGCAAAAGUUAGCAUUGAGCAGUGUAUGUCGGGUGUCCUAACCUUUCGGCCCAGAUGUGGGUCCACAUCUGGUAUGGAUUCGGUCUCCCCAUUAGAUGCUACGUGAUGAUCCUAAUGCAAAUUGGCUAAUGGAUAAAGCCUUGAGCAUUAACAAAGACCUGGGACAGGGGAGUGGUGGGGGUGAUUUCUAAGUGAGGUUGAGAGGUUCUAAUACGGUCUCUUACAGAAACUUUGUGCCCCAUUCCAUUCUCUUGUGGCAUAAUUCACUUUCCCAUGCACUAAGCUCUGUCUGAGAUUGUACUCUGGGAUGUUAGAUAAUGCAUUGUACCUAAGAAUUAUUUAUUAUUAGAUUCUAUUCCUCUUAUCCAUAAAGGAAUGGGUGCUUUGAUUUAUUUAAGACCAAUGGCUCAUUGACAAGGAAAAGUCUUUUUUUCCUCCUCAUAAAACGGUGCCCUCUAGUUUUAGUAUUUAGUCCCAACGUUUCUUUUCUUUGGUAUUUGGUCAAAUUCCCUUUGGCUACUGGAGUCUUCAGAGCAUAAAUAACUAGAAUAUUUCAUGCUCUGAUUAUUUUCCCCCUCUCUUCUUAUUCCUGGGAUCUAAAGAUUGGAAUCAAAAUUUUUGUCAUCAGAAUAGCUUAGGUGGAGAAUUCACAUGGCGUAAGGACUUCCCCCCUCAUUGCUAGCACCCCAAGUGCAACAUUCAACUAAAAGCAGUUAUUUGUGCCUUUUUGUGACCUACUUCAUUAAAUUUAACACCCUUCUUAUAACACUGGGUUUAUUUUAGUGUCUGGGCACUCCUGAUUUUUUUCUAUUUAACAAGCUAAAUUUUAAAGUGUGUGAAGGGAAUAUGGUGAAUAUGUUUGCAGUCAAGGAAAAAAAAAUAAUCAGUUGUGUCUGUUAUGUAACACCAGCAUAAACUAAGAACUAAUUAUUAUAGCACGUAGUCUGGUGCAAGGAGUGGAGGGUUUCCUUUUUCUGUUUCUUUUUGUUUUCUCCUUGUCUGUGUUUGUAAGGGCCUCACUCAAAAUGUUAUUCUCAGCCAGUUUUCUGAAUUUUGUACACUAAGGCAAUUUUGUACACUAGUUACUGGACACUAUUUGAAAGUUAUUUUUUAAUAGUGAGUUCACCAUUGACCCUAUAAAGUCGACCUUUGAAAUCCAAGGAUCUUCCAGUAUCUGUUACCAAGAUAGGUAAUUUGCUCAGUAAGGAAAG